GAUAAACGAUCAGAGAAACAUGAUCAUGGUUCAUAACAGAUGUGGAAUCAGACUCAUCCCCUGCUCUCCUCUUGUCUGUGUAAGGCCUGAGAGUCGACAUGAGGUUUAUCGUUCAAUCUUUGGGUGAAGAUUGAAACAGAUAAGUGAUGUAUUCAAUCAGGCGAAGAGUCUUGUCUGCUCUUCUGUCAGGAAAGUCUGCACUGCAAUGAAGAGCCAGGAUUGAGACACAGCCAAUGACAAGACAAGUUUCAAUCACCUAGAAGUAGGUUGUGCACAUGAGAGGAAGAGGUGAAGAAGUAGAGUAACAGUUUCAGUCCAGGUGUUGAGUUUAAAUGAGAGGAAAUGUAAUAACUGUUUUACCUGCUGUUUGUUUUCUUAAACAGAUUAAUUCCAAAAAUGAUGUUGGGGCGGGAAAAAAAAUAAUUGGUCAGAAAUACAGUCACCUAAAUAUGGAGAACAUGGAGGCGGUGCUGAAUAAAUAACUUAUAAUUACACAGAUAUGUAAAGGGAGAAUAAGAGUCCAGCAGGUGGCGGUACAGCAGCAUGGCGCUGUAACACACGGACAUGAAGUGACAGCAACAGAAGAAGCCAAGCUGCAGUGUUUAAUACAGAGCUCUUUCUCCAUCACAGUCAGAUGUUCUGCUCAUGUGGUGAGUUAAACUUCAGCUUUAAUCAUAGAAUACAUUCUGUAAAGCUUUCUUUUUCUUUCUCUGAUGUUCUCCAGCCUGGAACAUUCCACUCCAUGACCUGAGUGCAGGACAAAUGCAGUCUUGAUGCAGGUCUUUGGCUAGAAGAUGGAGUGUGGCACAAAAUGGGUAGCUCAGCGGUUAAGGUGUCGGACUAAUGAUCGAAAGGUCAUGGGUUCAAACCCCAGGUCCACCAAGCAGCCACUGCUGGGCCCCUGAGCAAGGCCCUUAACCCUCAAUUGCUCAGUUGUUAUACAUUGAAAUAACAAUAUAUGAGCAACAUCCUGUGAUGUCUAGAAGAAGCUAUAGGAGUGAGGAAAAGACUUCUGAUCUCCAUAAACACCAUCCACAGACAAAUGCCUAAAACAAUCCACCACUACUCAGACCGGGGGGUGAGUUUUCCUCCAGCAGAUCACCUCAGAAAACACCAGCGUCUCCAUAGAGGAGAGAAACCGUACCGAUGCUCACUGUGUGGAAAGAGUUUUACUCAGCAGAGCACUCUCCAAACUCACCAGCGCAUCCACACAGGAGAGAAGCCGUAUCACUGCGUCCAGUGUGGAAAACGUUUUAAUCAGCAAAAUUCUCUCCAGAAACACCAGCGCAUCCACACAGGAGAGAAGCCGUAUCACUGCUUGGUGUGCGGAAAGAGUUUUAGUCAGCAAUGUACUCUCCAACGACACCAGCGCGUCCACACCGGAGAGAAACCGUAUCACUGCUCGGAAUGUGGGAAGAGUUUCACAGAAAGAGAUGAUCUCCAGCGACACCAGCGCACUCACACAGGAGAUAAACCAUACAUCUGCUCACAAUGUGGGAAGAGCUUCACACAGCAGAGUCAUCUCCGGCAACACCAGCGCACUCACACUGGGGAGAAGCCGUAUCAGUGCUCUGAGUGCGGGAGGAGUUUCACUGAGAAAGGCCAUCUUCAGCGACACCAGCGCAUCCACACCGGAGAGAAACCCUACCACUGUUUCCAGUGUGGGAGGAGUUUUAUUUCCCCCAGUGUCCUCCGGCAGCACCAGCGCAUUCACACUGGAGAGAAGCCGUAUCACUGCACACAGUGCGGAAAAUGUUUCGCCCAACAGAGUACUUUACAGCAGCACCAGCGCAUCCACACCGGAGAGAAACCCUACCAUUGCUGUGAGUGUGGCAAGAGUUUCAAUCGCAGUAGUCAACUCCAACACCAUCGGUGUGUCCAGUGACAUUGCGGGUCACGUUAAAGAGGACAAACACACAGCUAAUAGCUAAUUCAUCAAGCUAACAUCAACUGUUUACUUCAACUGUACCAUUUAGCUUUGGGACUUAAUGAGGAACUAUGGGGUCAGUGGUUGGAUAUUUAAGUCACUGUCAUUGCUUAACAGGAAGUCCUGAAAAUAUUUUGAAUAGAUUUUGAACUAUUGUGCUAUCAAAUCCACCAACCUGGGAGAUGCCACACCACACCAGCGAGGCUUCACACCUGUAGUACACCACACCUGUAGUACACCACACCAGCGAGGCUUCACACCUGUAGUACACCACACCUGUAGUACACCACACCUGUAGUACACCACACCAGCGAGGCUCCACACCUGUAGUACACCAACCUGGGAGAUGCCACACCACACCAGCGAGGCUUCACACCUGUAGUACACCACACCAGCGAGGCUUCACACCUGUAGUACACCACACCAGCGAGGCUUCACACCUGUAGUACACCACACCUGUAGUACACCACACCAGCGAGGCUCCACACCUGUAGUACACCAACCUGGGAGAUGCCACACCACACCAGCGAGGCUUCACACCUGUAGUACACCACACCUGUAGUACACCACACCUGUAGAACACCACACCUGUAGGAUGCCACACCUGUAGGAUGCCACACCUGUAGAACACCACACCUGUAGAACACCACACCUGGGCAGCUCCACACCUGUAGUACACCACACCUGUAGAACGCCACACCUGUAGAACACCACACCUGUAGGAUGCCACACCUGUGAGAUGACACUUCCGACAUGC